AUGCGUAUUGAAAAGUGUUCUUUUUGUUCAUCAAAUGUCUAUCCAGGUCACGGAAUAACAUUCGUCAGAAAUGACAGUACAGUAUUUAAAUUUUGUCGCUCCAAAUGCAACAAAUUAUUUAAAAAGAAGAAAAACCCAAGGAAACUCAGAUGGACUAAAACAUCUCGUCGUCUCAGAGGUAAGGAAUUGGCAAAUGAUCUUGUUUUAACUGCUGAAACAAAAAGAAAUGAACCAUUAAAGUAUGAACGAGCUGUUUGGAAUGAUGCUAUUGAGAAGAUGAAAGAAAUUACAAAAAUUAGAACUAAACGAUAUACUCAAUUGAUAACAAAUGCACAGAAACCAGGAAAGAUUGUUAAGAAGAAAGGACUCAUCAAGAAAGCUCAAACGAAAAUGCAUCUUAUUCGUGCACCUGUUGCAGAAGAUCAAGCAACAACACAAGCACAAACUUCUAAGAGAGCAGUUAUCGAAAUGGAAACGGAGUAA